UCCACCGGGAAGUGCGCAGGCGCAGCCGGCCAGGAGUCCCGCCAGCUGUCGCGUCGGAGUCGCUGCUGCCACUGCCACCGCUCACCAUGGGCUCGAGUCCCCGGCUGCUGCUUUCUCUCGUGCUUUGCGUGGGGCUCAGCGCGCUCGUGCCUUCUACGGGGGCCUCGGGCGUCCGUAAGAGAGGCCCCUCGGUGACGGCCAAGGUCUUCUUUGAUGUGAGGAUUGGAGAUAAAGAUGUUGGCAGAAUAGUGAUUGGCCUCUUUGGAAAAGUCGUGCCCAAGACUGUGGAAAAUUUUGUCGCUCUGGCAACAGGAGAGAGAGGAUAUGGAUAUAAAGGAAGCAAAUUUCAUCGCGUCAUCAAAGAUUUCAUGAUUCAAGGAGGAGACUUCACCCGUGGAGACGGCACUGGCGGUAUAAGCAUUUACGGUGAGACGUUUCCAGAUGAGAACUUCAAACUGAAGCAUUAUGGCAUUGGGUGGGUCAGCAUGGCCAAUGCAGGGCCGGACACCAACGGCUCUCAGUUCUUUAUCACUUUGACCAAGCCCACUUGGCUAGAUGGCAAGCAUGUGGUAUUUGGAAAAGUCAUCGAUGGAAUGACAGUGGUCCACUCCAUAGAACUGCAGGCAACUGAUGGGCAUGACCGUCCGCUCACCGACUGCUCCAUCGUCAACAGCGGCAAGAUCGAUGUGAAAACGCCCUUUGUGGUAGAGGUCGCUGACUGGUGAUACAACUAGCAGGAAACAAAGAAGCACACACUCUGGCAGGGGUGUAGGGGUGUGUGUGUGUGUGUGUGUGUGUGUCUGUGUAUGUCUUUUGAGUCUUCAAAGUUACUGUUUUGCUUUGUUUUUAAACUUUCUUCUGUUUUCCGCCCUAGAUCACAGGGAAGUUACAAAGAUCAACCACUCAAAGUUUAGUUUCCAUGAAUUUUGGUAAAUCACUUGCUUAGGGACUUUGCACUUAAAAGACAUAUCCCUCUCCUCAAGUGGUGCUAUUUUUAAACUAGAAAAUUUUUUAUUGGCUAUAUUCUUCUGAAGAACACAUUCAUUACUUUGCUGGAUUAAUUGUGAUACCUGGGUUGAGUGAUACAUAAGAUCUGUCUGAGAAAGAUGGGGAUUGGAAGUUUAUUACUUUGUAUUCAAACAGAAAUUCUUUUCAGGUAAAGGGAGAUUUGAUUAGUAUUAUCUGAUAUAUGGCACAGGAACUUUUACCUGUGAAAGGUGCUUUGGUGUUCUCUAUAUUAAAUACUUUUUAUAUAGAUCAAUUAUUUUUGCAAGACUUUUUUUUAAACCUAAAUUCUUUGAAAAAGUAAUGUAUAAAAGUAUAUGCAUUUUCAUGUUAAUGAACAGACUAAAGAAGAUUCUGUAUAUCAAAAUACAAACACAGCUGGAUAAUCUGGGAUGGGAAUGCACAGAAAUGGUGCCCAUCCACAUCCCAAAUACUUGAGCUGAUUUCUCACUAAUUUUUACUCAAUGUAACAUUUUUAGAAAGUUCCCUUGAGUCCAGUUGUGACAAAAAGGAUUUUUUUUUUCAUUUACAUAGUAGAGAUGAAGCUUCAGGCUGUACUUAAGCUAGCCUUGUUAGGGCCUUGUUGUAACAUACCUGGCAGUAGCACAGUGCACCUGAUCUCUGUUCAGGUGAGAGGGGAGCUGCUAGUAAACGGCCCCACAGCUUCUUCUGAGACCUGGAGACUCAUGCAGUGAAGGUCCAAAAAAUCCAUCUCUUGAGCUGUGUUCUAAGAAAACUGCUUCAAUGAGAGAUGAGAUGAAAUGAGCAUUCUUACUGCUGAUGAGGGUGUUCAUUGCUACAGCUUUCCUGAAGAGCAGUUGGUUAUUUUUUUUUCCCAGAAGAAUUUAUGAAAGGCCUUUGAUAGGCCAGGUACCAGCUUUGAGUUUGGGGGAUACAGCAAUGGAUGAGAACAGGGCAUCGUGGAACUUACAUUCUAGUGAUGAAGACAGAAUAAAUGAGGUAACAAAUAACAGCGUCUUGGCACUGUAUAAAAACCACUAGGUUUGCUGGAGAGGCUGGGGUGCGGUGGGGGAGGGGCGCUGUUCUAGUGGCUCCUGAGGGGACUUUUGAGCUGAGCUCUGAAGGACAGAGGGUAGUCAGCUGGCUUCCAGGUGAGAUCUGUGAUUCAGGUCUUGCAGGUAGAGAGGGAGCGGGAGCAUGAGGACCUGGGAGGUCAGAGAUAGGCUGAGGGCAGAUCACGGGUGUGAGGGGUCGGGGUGCUGGGGUAAGGCUCUUCCGUUAUUCCUAUCCAGUUCAGUUUAGGGGGGCACAAUGUGAUAUUCCUUUAAGAAAGAUUAUUUUGUCCCUUACAAGGAGAAUUUUUAUAGGGGGGCGGCAAAGAACAUACCAGGAACCUCAAAACAUUCGAAUCCUCUGAAGUCCCACCCCUGGGAAUUUGCUGUCAAAAGCAGUCUGAACUUGAAGGGGCAUCACUGUUUUGGUCAGUCCAGCAUCCAGUCCCGCUUGGUCUGGAGAUGACCACCUGUUUUCUCUGAGGAAUCCCACCAUCCCCUCAGGCACUGCUUAUCCUUAGGGUGGGCUGACCCAACAGAUGGGUACACACCUGGCCUGGCAAACUCAUUCAUUGACUCGGUGAAUACUGAAUGCUGGUCAGAGCUGUGAACAGACAGUGCCAGCCCUCUUGGUUCCCAUGCACGUGAACACAGAACAUCAGGUAGUCAUAAGUCUGUGAAGGGAGGCAGCAGAGAGAGGGGCUAGAAAAUGAAGAGGUGGUCAGGGAAACCCCUGAGUAGGGCCUGAAGAAAGCAAGGGGGCAGAAAGCUUUGGGGACACUGGGGGACAAGAGCAGUGGCCCUGGCUGAAGGGCAGACUGGUGGGUUCAAGAAACAGCAAAGGGUCCAGGUGUGCAGACUGAGGGCAAUGGAGGAGUCACAUGGGAGAGGUGGGAGAGGGAAUGGGGUGCUCUGUAGGCCAACCAGAAUAUUUCUGCACCCUGGCCCUGGUGAUGGGCUCAGGGAUACCCAUGUAUGACACCAGUCGAGUUAGUGAGCCUCAACUGUGGGAGUUCUGCUGGAAGUAGUAGGAAAGAGUUGCUGUAUCUUUUGGGAGGAGGUAAAGGAGCAGGCGUGAGAAUGAAACUGGCACAAAGGGAAGCUGGUCCAGGAGAUGGAAAGAUGGAUUCCGGAAGACACUGAGAUGAGUCCAGCUAUGCCUGAAGCCAUCUCCAUCCCUAGUUUUUAGUUACCCAAGCUAAUAUAGUCCUUUUGCUUAAGCCAGAGUGAACUGAUUUCUUGUGACUUACAACCUAAAAUCUUUGUCUAAUACAGCAAUAUUGGAAAAGUUUUAUGUAUAAUGUGAACUGCAGAAUUAUUUAUGUUAGCAAAAUACUGGAAGCAACUUGAAUGCCCCAAAAUGGUUAUAAAGCAAUCUUAUACAGUCAUUAAGAUUAAUGCUACAGAACUCAGAGUAACAUGUUUUAAAGAAAAAAGUAGAAAUUCUGUAUGCAACAUGAUCUCAAUUAUGUAAAUACAUUCUCAUAAA